AUGACAAUAUUUAUUCGAGAACCUUUAUUGCGUUAUGUUGUCACGUCAAUAGGUGGUUUAUCAAAACCUUCACACAUAAUAUCAUGUUCUAUAAUCAGACAUGAUAUAAAUUCCUUUUUAUCACGUUUAAAUGUUCAGAGACAUUAUGCAACUAUUUUGCAAAAACCGAAACGUCCUAUAGGCUUAGGAACUUUAAAAGACAAUCCAAAAGCAGUCAAAAAGCCUAAACGAGUUGGUCGAGGACCUGCCUCAGGUAGAGGUAAAACUUGUGGCAGAGGACAAAAAGGUCAAAAAGCUAGGGGUGGAAAUCGUACACCAAGACGCGGUUUUGAAGGAGGUCAAACUCCUCUCAGCAGAGCUUUCCCCAAACAUGGAUUUCAUAAUAUAAUUGAUCCUACUAAGCCGAUCACUAUGAAAGAACUCAAUGAUACAAGAUGUGUGCACGGUAUUAAAGAUGGUGUUAAAUUGUUAGCUGAUGGAUCUGAACAUUUUAAAACACCAAUCACUAUUGAAGUAGCACGAGCCUCACAUGAAGCAAUUAAAGUAAUCGAAAAAGCUGGUGGUAAUGUUACUUGUAGAUAUUUCAAUAGACUUGCAUUAAGAGCUACUUUAAAACCUGAGAAAUUUUGGAAAAUUCCUAAAUUUGCUGAUCCUGUUAAGGCUAGAGAUAAAGAAUGGUAUUCUGACAUUAAGAAUAGAGGUUACUUGGCAAAAAAAGCACUUGUUGCUAAUACAAAUCAAUAA